AUUCCUUUCCUAUGUGACAAUAGCUGUCUAAAUCGAAAUUAGAUAAUUAAGUGUCGAAUUAUAUACGCACCAGCAAGGGAUUCAAUUUGGAAUAUUUCAUAUGUAGAUGCUGCAAUGGCUGAAGGACUAAACUAAUGCCAACAAUUUUUUGUUGAAAUCAAUAAAGUGUACGCCUUCCUUUUUUCGAUGUGUGUUUACAAUAUCAAAUAUGAAGAUGAAAUAUCCUAAAGUACAGCAUACCGAGCGGGCGUACUUCCAAAUCCCUCUUGAAUAUUUAACAACGACAUCGGUCAGAUCUUCUACAUGGUGGCAUCGAGCCUGCUGUUUUAUAAUCUUCAUUACAAGCGGAUUAGUUAUCUAUAGUAUAUUUCGUAAUGGUGUUGUUAAGAAUGAAUACGCCUUUAACGGGCAAUGUAGUCUUCAAUUGGUGGAAAGCAUUCCUGACGGCCUAAAUUACAGUGAAAAUAGUCCAAAGUUUUUAUCAACGUAUAAUGCCUGGAAAAUCCUAAUAAAUUUCACCGAAGAGUCGUUAAAUAUCGGUUCUUUUUAUUGGACAAUGUUAGGAUCGGACGUCGUUGACCAUCCUUCAGCUAUAUUAGGGGAAAAUAUAUAUGAAGCUAUUAAAGCAAAAGGAGCGAAUCGUGACAUUACAAUUCGUAUCGCACAAAGCGAGCCGACAGCCAUUUCAAACAAUUCAGAUACUGAAAUAUUGCAACAAAUAGGAGCAGCUGAAGUGCGUUCCGUCAACUUUACUCGUUUGUUAGACGGAGGAGUCUUACAUACAAAAUUAUGGGUUGUAGAUAAUAAGCAUUUUUAUCUGGGAAGUGCGAAUAUGGAUUGGAGAUCUUUGACCCAAGUUAAAGAGUUAGGCGUCCUUGGUAUAAAUUGCAAAACAUUAUCUGAAGACUUUAUGAAAAUCUUUAAUGAAUAUUGGUAUCUUGGUAAUCAAACAGCCAAUAUUCCUAAGAAAUGGCCGAAGGAAUAUUCCACGAAUUUCAAUUUUGCUAACCCUAUAAUUGUGAAUAGUAGUGGAAAUAAUUUGCACGCAGUGGUUUCGAGCUCUCCACCGCCGUUGACAUCGGCCGGUCGGGUGGAUGAUUUGGAAUGCAUAUUGAAAACCAUAAAUGAUGCAAAAUCUUUUGUGUAUGUCGCAGUGAUGGACUACUAUCCGCUUAUAAUGUAUACCGAAAACAUGAGAUAUUGGCCUUUUAUCGAUGAUGCUUUGAGAAAAGUGGCUAUUGAAAAUAAAGUAAAAAUAAAAUUACUUAUUUCUUGGUGGCGUUAUUCAAGUAAAUCUGAAAACUAUUUUCUGAAAUCUUUAACUGAUCUAACCAAAUCCCUGAAAGGCGUCGAUAUACAGGUACGCCGAUUUAUUGUACCUAUAAACCAAGAUCAAUUGAAAAUACCACACAGCCGAGUUAAUCACAAUAAGUACAUGGUUACUGACAAUGCGGCAUAUAUUGGAACAUCAAAUUGGUCUGGAGACUACUUUACAGAUACGGCGGGUAUUGGCUUGUACCUGCAAGCAGUUAACAAUAGUACGUCCGCCGCAGGUAUAAGAGAACAGCUCUUAAGUGUCUUUAGCAGGGAUUGGUAUAGUCCUUACGCUGGCAACACAUGAAUACAUAUACAUCUACGCAUAGAUCUGUAUGUAUAUAUAUUUAUAUUU